CAGAGCUCUUCGCAUUGGACUUUAAUCUGCUUCUUCAGCAUACUUACUUCUCUAUUGUCAUGGAGAUUAUGGCGUUUUACUAUCUUUCCUAUGCUUCAUCCGAGAGAUGCAAAGGAACUCCCUUAUUGGAUUCCGUUUCUAGGUCAUACAUUCAAAUUCUUUAUGGAUAGCGACUCGACAUUUACCUAUGGACGACUGUAUUUUCGAAACACUCGCAAGCCAUUUGGGAUUACUGUGGCCGGUACUAAUAUCUACGUAUUGACCUCGGCAGCGGAUGCUGCAGCAAUGAGCAAGAAUACAAAGGAGCUAGUUUUCGACGCUUAUGUGAAAGGGAUGAUGGCUUCGAUGGGCUCCUCAGAAACAGGGAUUGCCAAAAUGUGGCAACCCCGCCCAUCCAGAACUGGAUAUCCAAAUCCAUUCGGAAAGCCUCUGGGGCAGCUCUCGGAAGAAAUCUUUCGCAAGCAACUUCAUCCCGGAAUCCAUCUCACUAAGCUCCAACAUAAAUUCCUCAGGAAUAUACAUCAAUCCCUUACCGCUAAUAAUCUAUCAAGGACUAGGACUAGGGGAAAGGUUGUUCUAUCAUCUUCUCUAGAUGGCAAACACAUUGUUUCUCUGCUUCAAUGGACCCAAGCGACGCUUCUCGAAGGAGCGACAAAUGCGUUCUUCGGUGAAGCUCUCCUAGAGUGUAACCCUGGCCUUCUCGACAACUUCUCCGAGUUUGAUGAACGCAGCUGGCAGCUCAGUUACAAAAUACCGCGCCCCUGGUCGAGAAAGAUGCAAAUGGCGAAACAGAAAUCGCUCGAUGCCUUAACAGCGUACUUCAAGGCGCCGGCGAGCCAAAGGCCGGGAGCCUGCUGGCUGGUGGAGACGAUGGAGAGAGAGAUGCGAGCUGCGGGCAUUGGAGAAUAUGAUAUGGCUGCUAAUUUAAUGAUGGCCUACUGGGUUAUCAAUGGGAAUGCUUGGAAAGUUUGCUUUUGGAUGAUGGCUUAUCUGGUAGAGACCCCAAAUCUCUGUUCAGCUAUUCGGAGCGAAAUAGCCCCCAUGGUAUCUAAAGCCCAAACUCCUAACGAGUUGAGCGAUUACCUGGACCGAUGCCCUCAACUAGUAGCACUUUAUCAAGAAACGCUCCGGAUUGUCACGUCCUCAGUUUCCGUUCGAAACAUAACUGCUUGCCUUGAAUUGGGAGGCCAGCUACUGCAGCCAGGAAGCAGGGUGCUUGUUCCUUACCGUCAAAUCCUCAUGGACGAAGAUGUCUUUGGUCCAAAUGCAGCGGACUUUGAUGCUACUCGUUUCCUCAGAAACCCGUCUCUUGCAAAGAAUUUAAGUUUCCGUCCGUUUGGAAGCGGGACGACGCAUUGCCCAGGGAGGUUUCUUGCUCAGAAAGAAGUACUCACUUUUAUUGGUUUAGCGUUGAGCCGCUUUGAUAUAUUUAAAGCCGACCAAAUUUUGGGUUUUCCACGGUUGGAAUUGAAGAAGCCGUGUUUGGGGGUCGUGGCUCCAGUGAAGGGAGAUGACGUUAUAGUGACUGUUGCACCCUGUAGUCCAGCCUUACCGAAAAAUCCACAUCUGAUUCCAUCGCCCUGCAUGACUUCUCCUUUGCCACCCACGCCGACAAACGUCGACGCCGGAGAGUCGUUAGUGAAGCUUGCUGCUACACUGCCACCAUCCAAACAGUUCCCCUGGUAUCAGGUCUCAUUUGGAUCUAGACUCACCCCCGAAUGCCGUCAGCUGUUUGAAGAGUAUAGCCGGAUAGCCCCGGAAGAGGUUGAAAGGCACGUAUAUGCAAUGAGAGAGGCAGCAUGGGAGAUCUUUCCCUUCCCAUGUAUUGGAGAGUUCUGGUUUCUCACUCUCGGUCUAUCCAGCCACCCUCGCUACGCCUUGCUCCUCGCUCGCCUCCAAAGCGGCGCCGCAGAUCGCCCGGCGCAAGUCAUCGACAUUGGGACGUGCGUUGGCCAGGAUCUGCGCAAACUCGUGCACGAUGGCGCGACGCCCGCCCAGCUGAUGGGCGUGGACGUUUUCGCCGCCUUCGAGAAGAUUGGCCAGGAUUUGUUCCGCGACACUGACCGCUUCGUGGCAGGAGAGCGCUUCAGAGCCGCAGAUCUGUUCGCCCCAGUCUCCAGCCUGACCGAGCUGCAGCGCUCGCAGGACAUCGUAACGUCGACCAUGUUUCUGCACAGCUUUGACUGGGACACCCAGGUCCAUGCAUGCAAGCAGAUGUUGGCGCUAGCCCGAGGCACGGGGAGUUGGCUCAUGGGUGGGCUGAGCGCCAGCUUGGAAGCCGGCGAGCAUUGGCUGCGUCCGCCCUGGGUGCCCGAAGGUGCCAGGAAAAACGUGUAUAGACACGAUCGUGACAGCUUGAUCCGGAUAUGGGAGCUGGUGGCGAGGGAAUUGGGAAUGGAGCUGGAUAUUUGGGUCGAGUAUGAGAGCAAUGAGACGGAGGCGCAGAAAGCAACAGAGCAAGGCGGAGCGAAUUUCUUUGAGGGCUUUGAGGUCAAGCUUCUCUGGUACCAUGUCGAGAUUUGUGGGAUCAUGGCAACACAUCUGUAG